CUACCCUCCAUGGACUUGAUGCCCAACCUCUACCACGGAUCCAAGUUUCUGCGGCAGCCCUUGGAGGAGCUGCUUCGAGAGCAGACGAUCGCCUCGAGCUGCAUCAUCUGUGGCGCGUGCUACCCGUGGACUCCGGAGGUUGCUCGCGAGCUCGGCAUUCCAUGCUUCAUCUUCCAAGGCUGUGGCUCCUUUGCACUCUUUUGCAUGCACAACCUCUACUGUUACAGGCCCCAUGAGCGCGCGUCGUCCCCGACCGAGCCCUUCGUGCUCCCAGGCUUGCCAUUUCAUUUCGAGAUCGCCAGGCAGCAACUACCACUUCAAUUCCAGUUGUUGCCUCGUUUCACGUAGAUGUGCAAUGAAGUACGAGAGGGCGAACUCGCCAUGGACGGUGUCCUCGUCAACAGUUUCGACGAAUUGGAGCCAGGAUAUGCCGAGCGCUUAGCGGCGGCCUCCGGGAAGAAGGUGUGCACCAUCGGACCGGUGUCGCUGUGUUAGGUUGGACAUGGCUAAUAGGGGUAAGAAGAUGUCAGUGGAUGCAAGCCGAUGCUUAGAUUGGCUUGAUUCGAUGAAACCACGGUCCGUGAUCUACGUCAGUUUCGGUAGCGUGGGCAGCUUCGCACCCGCUCAACUGAUGGAGCUCGGCUACGGUCUGCUCGCCUCAAACAGGCCAUUCAUCUGGGUCAUCAAUGGCCUGGAAAGGUUUCCGGGAGCAGUAGACAAAUGGCUGCAAGAGAAGCUCGAGAAAGAAGGUGACUCAAAGUGUCUCUUGAUCAGGGGGUGGGCGCCGCAGGUGAUGAUCCUGUCGCACCCGGCGGUGGGUGGUUUCUUGACGCACUGCGGGUGGAACUCGACGCUGGAGAGCGCGAGUGCGGGCGUACCGAUGGCGACAUGGCCGCUCUUCUCGGAGCAAUUCCUCAACGAGAAGUUGAUCGUGGAUGUGCUCGAGAUCGGAGUCGCGGUGGGCGUCAAGACCUCCAUGCAGCAGAUGAAGCAAUCGUCGGAAGAGGGAGCGCGGAUCUCGAGGGAGGAAGUCGCUAAGGCCGUGGAGAGGUUGAUGGACGGAGGGCAGGAUGGAGAAGAGAGGAGAAGGAGAGCUAAAGAAUUUGGAGAGAAGGCACGGAAAGCGAUGACGGAGGAAGGUUCUUCGUAUGAGAACGUGACACAAUUGAUUGAAUUGGUGGCAACAAAAGCGAAGGAACAGGAGAUGAAUGUAUGACUAGUUUUCCUCCGCUAAGAAUGUAGCACACGCUAUGCGUCAGAAAUUGUUUGGCGAAAUAAAUGAUAACAUCACUUGGCUUCUUCUUGUUGGGUGAAAUUGGACGAAUACCUUUACAUCUUCAUA